AGAGUUAGCGGCUGCCAAGUGGUCAGAGCCACAGCGCUCCAGGUACUCUGGGACUUUCUCUAUCUGCAGUGCUCUCUAGCUCCUGCGGAGAUGCCAAACUGACAGGAGAGCCAGUAAGGACAAGAACGCUCCCUUUCGACCCAAGUCCACUGCACCCAUGGCUCUGCCAGCCAGUCUGUUGCCCCUGUGCUGCUUGGCACUCCUGGCACUAUCUGUCCAGAGCUGCGGGCCAGGCCGAGGACCGGUUGGCCGGCGGCGUUAUGUGCGCAAGCAACUUGUGCCUCUGCUCUACAAGCAGUUUGUGCCUAGUAUGCCCGAGCGGACCCUUGGCGCGAGUGGGCCAGCAGAGGGGAGGGUAACAAGGGGGUCGGAGCGCUUCCGGGACCUCGUCCCCAACUACAACCCCGACAUAAUCUUCAAGGAUGAGGAGAACAGCGGCGCUGACCGCCUGAUGACAGAGCGUUGCAAAGAGCGGGUGAAUGCUCUAGCCAUCGCGGUGAUGAACAUGUGGCCCGGAGUACGCCUACGCGUGACUGAAGGCUGGGACGAGGACGGCCACCACGCACAGGACUCACUCCACUACGAAGGCCGUGCCCUGGACAUCACCACGUCUGACCGUGACCGUAAUAAGUAUGGUUUGUUGGCGCGCCUAGCAGUGGAAGCCGGAUUCGACUGGGUCUACUACGAGUCCCGCAACCACAUCCACGUGUCGGUCAAAGCUGAUAACUCAUUGGCGGUCCGAGCCGGAGGCUGCUUUCCGGGAAAUGCCACGGUGCGCUUGCGGAGCGGCGAACGGAAGGGGCUGAGGGAACUCCAUCGUGGUGACUGGGUACUGGCCGCUGAUGCAGCGGGCCGAGUGGUACCCACGCCGGUGCUGCUCUUCCUGGACCGGGACCUGCAGCGCCGCGCCUCGUUCGUGGCUGUGGAGACCGAGCGGCCACCGCGCAAACUGUUGCUCACACCCUGGCAUCUGGUGUUCGCCGCUCGCGGGCCAGCGCCUGCUCCAGGUGACUUUGCACCGGUGUUCGCGCGCCGCUUACGCGCUGGGGACUCGGUGCUGGCUCCCGGCGGGGACGCGCUCCGGCCUGCGCGCGUAGCCCGCGUGGCGCGCGAGGAAGCCGUGGGCGUGUUCGCACCGCUCACGGCUCACGGGACGCUGCUGGUCAACGACGUCCUCGCCUCCUGCUACGCGGUUCUAGAGAGUCACCAGUGGGCCCACCGCGCCUUUGCUCCUUUGCGUCUGCUGCACGCGCUCGGGGCGCUGCUCCCCGGGGGUGCAGUCCAGCCUACUGGCAUGCAUUGGUACUCGCGCCUCCUUUACCGCUUGGCGGAGGAGUUAAUGGGUUGAGCUUCCAAGGACAGAAGUCCACCAGGCUCUGCAAGAAACCGAAGGCCCCCGAGA